AUACAAAUAUAAAUGAGUAUAUUUUACGUAUUGCACUCGCAAAGUUUUUUGGGUGUGGACGUUCAAGUCAUAUUAAUAUCAAUCGAAAAGUCUAAAUCAUUACUGUUCGAGAGUGAUAAGUACAUGAAGUAAUGUUCACGUUGAAAUAGUGUGUUUCGUCUCAUUUGAUUGGCAAGAACAUGGGGGUUCUCCUGAAAUUAUGGACUGGGUUAUUAUUUUUUGUCAUUUUUCGCUGCGGAACGUUUAUCGCAGGAUAUUCAACCGGGCCACCAGACUCAGCGUGCUCAGAUCUUUUACCUGGACAUGUUGACGAUGCUAACAACCAGAUUCAACCACAACAAGGAACAUUAUCGCCAUACCUAAUCUUCAGAGGAAACCAGGAUAAAUAUGAUUUAGAUAAUCCUAUAACAGUGACGAUACUUCGGAACCCUGGAGUCCCUGGAUCCAUAAACUACAGGGGAUUCGCAAUGAAAGCGGUGGCAAAUGAUUCGGUAGAUGCACCUGCCGUCGGAAUCUGGACAGGUCAUCCGGUCGGUUUCCGAUAUGGGAGCUGCUCGAGUGGCCCGAAUCGCAUGGUAACGCAUGACUCCUCGGCUGAGAAAGGUGCCGACGAGUUGAGGGAAUUCUUGUGGAGAGCUGAUGAAGAUUAUGGAGAAAUUCGGUUUAUAUCCACGUUCGUUAUAGACCGUCAGACGUUUUACACAAACCGCCAGACAGCUAGUCUGUCUUUCAGGGAGGACCCCUGCUUAACAAACAAUCCUUGCUUAAAUGGAGGACUGUGUUCAGCCACAGUUCAGCCAGGAACUCCUGAAAAUGUCGUCUUUUCGUGUACCUGCUCUGAUUCUUGGGAAGGAGACACGUGCCAAACACAAAUUGAGGGAUGCAGGGGCAAUCCUUGCGUUAACGGAGAUUGUACAGACAACGGAGGUUCCAGCUAUACCUGCAGUUGUUAUACUGGUUGGACAGGUUUAAAUUGCGAUUCUGAGCAAAAGAACAAUCUAGCCUUUGGCUUGUUACCAGUACUAUUUCCAGGUAGAAGAAAGGGGAAAGGGGGCAGAUAUUCAACCCGGGAAGCACAACUAGGAUUCAUAGAUGUCCAAAAUGAAAACCUUGCACUAGACAAGUUCCUGGAAGAUAUUGUACCUGAAAGUCGACCUCAACCGUUCAUACUAGUCAUUGGGUCUCUCCUUAAACCAGUGCAAAUUUUCAUCAUUGUGGAAAGGCGGGCAUUGGAACAAAGUAGCUUAAUGAAAGCCGUAGAUACAUGCUAUAAAGCAGUGUAUGUCCUGGAUCUAGAAUACCAGCCUCAGUGUUGUGGUGCGUGGGAGUUCCUACAAACAUACAUUUAUGAGAUGAAAGGAGCUGUAAAAUGCAGUGCGAUCAGGGAGUUCAGAAUCUUCGAGACAGCCUAUGAGUCAAUAAUGAAUACCAACAUCUAACUGUCCUCAUGUGAGCUAGCAAGUUUAUUGCCUUUCCAGAUACUUUUGCUUAAGAGAAGUUCCUGUGUUGAUAAAUGUUUUGUUAAACUUUCUCUUUUUUUUGGAGGGGGGGGCGGUUAAUUGACAAAGUGAAUGUCAAACUGUAGACUGUUUAGUCGACUCGUUAUCUGAUAUCUGAAGCCAGUUUGCAGCCCGCAUUCAAUAACUAUACUUUGUUUCGCUUCAACUUCAGUAGUGAUGACACUGUUUUGUAGUGUACGCAAUGCUUUACGCACCUGCAAAGUUUCACAGUGAUCCUGGGCCGAGAUCUCGGGGGGGGGGGGGGGGCACUUGAUGCCCCCCCAAAAAAUAACGUAGUCUUUUUAGGGUUAAGUCAGAAAGUUGUUUGUUGUAUGAAGUAAGGUCUUAAUUAUUAUAUUUUGUUAAGUUGUUUUCUUCAACUGCUUUUGUUUUUUAAUUGACAAAGUAAAUGUCAAACUGUAGACUGUUCAAACCUGACUUAGUAAAUGUCAACUUGUAGACUGUUUAACCCUUUUCCUUUGGGGGCAGCGGGGGGUCAAUUUGGCCCCCCUCCCUCAACAAUCUGCGUGAUAACUCCACAAUGCGCAUGGGGAGGGGUGGCACUUGAUGCCCCCCCCAAAAAAAAGUUUUCACAGGGCCCAAAAUAACCUAGUCUUUUUAGGGUUAAGUCAGAAAGUUUUUAGUUGUAUGAAGUAUGGUCUUAAUUAUAAGUAAUUUUAUAUUUUGUUAAGUUGUUUUCUUCCAAUGAACUUUUGCUCUAAAGAAGUUCCUAUGUUGAGUGAUGUCAACAUUUUUUUAAACUGCUUUUGUUUUUUAAUUGACAAAGUAAAUGUCAAACUGUAGACUGUUCAAACCUGACUUAGUAAAUGUCAACUUGUAGACUGUUUAACCCUAUUCCAAUGGGGGCGGGUCAAUUUGGCCCCCUCCCUCAACGAUUCACGUGAUAACUCCACAAUGCGCAGUGAUCUCUGCAAGCAUAAUUGAAUUGAAGUAUGAUUAUGCUAAAAUUAAGUCAUUUCAGCCAUUUGAAUUUUAAAAGUGAAUUUUUAUAUUGAUUUAUUGAAACAUAGAAAUAUUGCAUUGAAUUUGUACCCAAAAUCAUGUUUUUUAGUCAUUUUUUGACUUGAUGAAAAGUUUUCAAAGGAUCGUGGCCUUAAAUCUGUAUGUGCAGUCACGAUAAAUUUGGUGUUGACACUGUUGAAAGUUGUGCGAUACUUGUUAAAAAAAAUUCAUGAAAGCUUGUGCCAAGACCACUAUGCAUUAUGGAGAUAUUGUGUGAAUCGUUGAGGGGGAGGGGGUCAUCAAAUAGACCCCCACCCCACCCCCCAGUUGGUUAAGGCCUGAUCUGGGUGGUGAACUUAUAAAGGCAGUUAAAUUGUAUGUAAAGAGUAGAAAUGCACCUGUAUGUGAUAUAAUUAUUCUGUGUAUAUUUCAAAACACUUCUCUCAUUUCCAUCAUCUACAUCUAUAAUGAUUGUUUGUUUGCCCUAAUUAUCGUAAUAAUAAUUAAAUGACCUGAUAUUUUCAAUAGGUGUUUUAUACUUGACUCAUUAGCUUGUCACCAAAAAGAGAAUUCCAAAGUGUAGGGUGCCUGCAUUUUUCCAAUAGUUCGGAUGUAGAAGCAAUAACAUGCCAUAUAGCCAGGGGAGGCGCCAGGGUGUUUUGGUAGGAGGGGCGAACUUUCCAGGGGGGGGGGGGGGGGUGACAUCAUGAUAUUUUUUGAAAAUUGAACAACAGGGGUAAAAUCAGGGUAAAAUGGCUUAUACAUGAUUAAAAACGCUAUUUUUACAAUUAUCUACCCUUCACCCUUUCUUUUUCUUCCUCUUUUUCUUCUUUUCUCUUAAUUUUUUUUCUUUUUUUUUCCUACUCAAAAUAUUGCAACCGCAUCUUUCAGCAAUUUACAUGGGAGGCCUACUAGUUUUUCAAAACAUUACUUAAAGUACAUAUAUAAUUUUUUUCCACCAUUUUAUAUUCCUUGUUGUUGUUUUUAUAGAAUCAUCCUAAUUAUUUGUAAAUAUUGUAAUUAAUAGUUAUUUUUUCUAAUCCCUUAUAAUUAUUUGUAUAAAUAAUUCAUGUAAUUUUGUUUCUAAAUAAACAUAUAAAUAUAAAAAAAGUUGUUACAUGU